CACCGGUGCCGUAGUCGUGUGGCGGCGGAGGUCAGUGGAAGGAGGUGUGCGUUGGAGGGGUAUCUACCGUACAAUGUCAUUAAAAAUCAUUUAAAAACUCUGCUCUUGGUGAAAAUGUCGACAGGACCUGUUGGUAGCUUACACUGCAAUAAAGCAGGCUCCGUCCAAAGUGCUUGAGAGGCGAGCGGUGCAGCCCCGGAAGCGGCCCCGAAGCCGCCCGUCCGUUUUGUCCUCCACGCUGCUUGAAGCGGGCUGGUUUCACAAUGCUGCAGUGAAACACGCCGACGACAAGGACCGAGCCACUGCACCUCCGCGCCAGGACUGCUGUACCGGACUGGAACCACAGCACCCCCAAACCAUGCGGAAAGACGUGAGGAUACUGCUCGUAGGGGAACCCAGAGUUGGGAAAACCUCCUUGAUUAUGUCACUGGUCAGCGAGGAGUUCCCAGACGAGGUCCCUCCUCGGGCUGAAGAGAUCACAAUCCCUGCUGAUGUCACCCCAGAAAGGGUCCCUACUCAUAUAGUUGACUAUUCAGAAGCAGAACAAACAGACGAACAGCUUUAUCAGGAAAUAUCAAAGGCCAAUGUUAUUUGCAUAGUGUAUGCAGUCAACAAUAAAACUUCCAUUGAGAAGGUCACUAGUCAGUGGAUUCCUCUAAUCAAUGAUAGAACAGACAAGGAUAGCAGAGUGCCUCUGAUACUGGUUGGAAACAAAUCGGACCUGGUGGAGCACAGCAGCAUGGAAACCAUCCUUCCCAUUAUGAACCAGUACACUGAGAUCGAGACUUGUGUUGAGUGUUCAGCAAAGAACUUGAAGAACAUCUCUGAGCUGUUCUAUUACGCACAGAAGGCUGUUCUACAUCCCACGGGCCCCCUGUACUGCCCCGAGGAAAAAGAGAUGAAGCCUGCUUGCAUUAAAGCCCUGACACGCAUCUUCAAGAUUACAGACCAGGACAACGAUGGGAUUCUUAACGAUGCCGAACUCAACUUCUUUCAGAAGACAUGCUUUAACACCCCCCUGGCUCCUCAGGCCUUGGAGGAUGUGAAGAACGUGGUCCGGAAGAACGUGAGUGACGGGGUGUUUGAUAAUGGACUGACACUGAAAGGCUUCCUGUUUCUCCACACGCUGUUUAUCCAGCGAGGGCGGCAUGAGACCACGUGGACAGUGCUGCGUCGAUUCGGAUACGGUGAUGAUCUGGAGCUCACUCAGGACUACCUGUUCCCUCUGUUAAAAAUCCCACCAGAUUGUACAACGGAAUUAAACCACAAUGCAUAUCUCUUCCUUCAGAGUGUUUUUGACAAACACGAUUUGGACAGGGACUGUGGUUUGUCCCCCGAUGAGCUGAAGGAUCUAUUCAAAGUCUUCCCCUACAUGCCCUGGGGUCCAGAUGUCCAUAACACAGUCUGCACCAAUGACAGAGGCUGGAUCACCUACCAGGGAUACCUGUCUCAGUGGACGUUAACAACGUAUCUAGAUGUGCAGCGCUGCCUGGAGUACAUGGGCUACCUGGGGUACUCCAUUAUAUCAGAGCAGGAGUCGCAGGCUGCGUCUGUUACUGUGACGAGAGACAAGAAGAUUGACCUCCAGAAGAAGCAGACUCAGAGGAACGUUUUCAGUUGUAACGUCAUCGGGAUGAAAGGCUGUGGGAAGAGUGCCUUCCUUCAAGCCUUCUUGGGGCGCAACCUGAUGAGACAGAGGCAGAUCAGAGAGGAUCACAAAUCCUUCUACGCAAUCAGCACCACUUAUGUGUACGGCCAGGAGAAAUACUUACUGUUACAUGAACUGCUCACAGAUUCAGAAUUUCUCUCUGAUCCCGAGAUUGCCUGCGAUGUCGUCUGUUUGGUGUACGACUCCAGCAACCCCAGUUCAUUUGAAUUUUGUGCAAGGAUAUUCAAGCAACACUUCAUGGACAGCAAGACUCCGUGCAUGAUCGUCGCUGCCAAGUCCGAUCUGCACGAGGUGAAGCAGGACUGCAGCCUCUCCCCCUUGGACUUCUGCAGGAAACACAAAAUGCCUCCUCCGCAGCCCUUCACCUGCAACACUAUGGAUGUCCCAAGCAAAGACAUCUACAUCAAACUGACCACCAUGGCCAUGUACCCCCACGCCAGCCUACGCUGCAUGUGCACCUGCAACAGGUGCACCUUCUGCAUCUGUCACAACUUCCUCAACUCAGACUUGAUGCAUUCUGUAAAGACCAAACUCUACACUGCCGUUCUCAACAGACACGUGAUGCAGGCAGAUCUGAAGCGCUCCACUUUCUGGCUGCGGGCCAGUGUGGGAGCCACCAUGUUCGCUGUCCUGGGAUUCGCCAUGUACAGAGCGCUUUUGAAGCAGCGGUGAUCCUAAAGGAAAGCAGGCAACAACACCACCAUCGCAAAGCAACUCAAACUUUUAUAGAUGGAUAUAUAUAUAUACAUGCAAACAUAAGAGUGCUUCGAAGUCUGCAAAUAUCAAUUAUUUUAAUUAUUAUUAUUAUUAUUAUUAUUAUUAUUAAUAAUAUUACUGUUUAUUUAAAUAUGCAACUGUAUGACUUUCUCCACAACAUGUUGUUUUGUU